CUCACCAGAUGGAGGCAGUAAAACUCCAUGUCGCUGUUUGGCAAGCAUUACUGGCGUUUACCGGAAGCGAAGAAGAAGAACAACACAAGCGAAGAAGAAACUGAAUCGAGGGCUGGCCUGAAUUGUUUUGAACAGCAUCAUGCCGAAGAGGAAAGUUCGGUUUGAGGACGGGGACGGAGAGAUAGAGCUGGAGGAAGAUCUCCCAAACAAAAAGAGCUGUGAGGUCGUCGCUGGACCAGGCUCCAGAUUCAAGGGUAAACAUUCCCUUGAUAGCGAUGAAGAGGAUGAAGGCGAAGUCAAAAGCAGCAGCAAAUAUGACAUUCUGGCCAGCGAUGAUGUGGAUGGGCAAGAGGGAGCAACCAUUGACUUUGACGAGGGUGUUUCUAUCACACCUUUCAACCUGGAUGAAGAGAUGCAGGAAGGACACUUUGACUCAGAGGGAAACUAUUUCGUCAAAAAGGAAGAACAGAUUAGAGACAAUUGGCUUGACAACAUUGACUGGGUGAGAAUAAAAGAACAACCUUUCAAGCAAAAGAAGAAAGGUCUUUCAGCCAAACGCAAACGCAGGGUUGGUGACGAGGAUGAGGCAGAGGAGGAGAAAAAGAGAGAGGACCAGCAAGCUGACAAAGAAAACGUGGAAGAUGAGGAGGAGGAGGAGAUGGAGCAGGCUGAGGACCCCCUGGCAUCCUUCACUCAGCAGCAGCUCACAGAAGCUGUGCUCGAAUUGGUGAAACCCGGGGAGACAGUUGCCACGGCGCUUCGUCGGUUAGGAGGCCUUAAAGGACGGAAGAAGGGAAAGCUGAGAGAAGAGAGUGAACCCACAGAGGACACUAAGAGGGAUGCAGAAAAGCUUGAUAAGCUCACAUCAUUAGCCGACAGACUGGUGGGAUCUGGGAUGUUUGAAAUCUAUCAGCAAACAUAUGAAAAACUGGCCUAUUUGAUGAAAAGCAUGGUUGGUAAGAAACCAGCUGUGGGGCAGAAAUCCAGCGGCGAUGGUGAAGAAGAAGAUGACCUUGACAUGUUUGCAGAUAAAUUUGACGAGUCACAUGACAGCAAGUCAGGGCACAAAGAGGAGGAAGAAAAUAGAACAGUGACUGGUGAAGUGAUGUGGGAGUACAAAUGGGAGAAUACGGAUGAUUCAGAAGUCUAUGGCCCCUUCACCAGUCAGCAGAUGCAGGAUUGGGUGGAUGAAAGCUAUUUCAGCAGCGGCGUUUACUGUAGGAAGAUCGACCAGGAGGGAUCUCAGUGGUACAACUCCAAGAGACUGGACUUUGAGCUCUAUACAUGAUUCACGACUCAACAUCAAGCACAACCGUGCCCAUUUGUUUUGUUUUGAAUGUUUUGUUAUGUUUUGCCGGAUUCUCCUUCGCUGAUCUUUCAUCCAGGGCUUUGGUGUCAGAUGUGUCAUUUUAACUGGAGCCACUUUAUGUCGUUUUUAAAUAAAUGAUUCCUGUCUGAA